AUGGGAGGGGCAGGAAUCCUGCUGCUGCUGCUGGCUGGGGUGGGCGUGGGGGAGGCCUGGAGACCCCCAAAGGGAAAGUGUCCUCUGGGUUGCUCCUGCUCCAAAGACAGUGCCCUGUGUGAGGGCUCCCCGGACCUGCCCGAGAGCUUCGCCCCGACCCUGCUGUCGCUCUCACUCGUUAGGACUGGAAUCACCCAGCUGAAGGCCGGCAGCUUCCUGAGGGUACCGUCACUGCACCUGCUCCUCUUCACGUCCAACUCCUUCUCCGUGAUCGAGGACGAUGCGUUUGCGGGCCUGUCCCACCUGCAGUACCUCUUUAUCGAAGACAAUGAGAUUGGCUCCAUCUCUAAGAACGCUCUCAGAGGACUCCGCUCACUCACACACCUAAGCCUGGCCAAUAACCAUCUCGAGACCCUCCCCAGAUUCCUGUUCCGAGGCCUGGAGACCCUGACUCACGUGGACCUCCGCGGGAACCCGUUCCAGUGUGACUGCCGUGUCCUCUGGCUGCUGCAGUGGAUACCCACCGUGAACGCCAGCGUGGGGACUGGGGCCUGUGCCGGCCCCACCGCCCUGGCCCACAUGCAGCUCCACCACCUCGACCCCAAGACGUUCAAGUGCAGAGCCAUAGAGCUGUCCUGGUUCCAGACGGUUGGCGAGUCGGCGCUGGGCGUAGAGGCGUUCUCCUACCAAGGGGAGCCCCACGUCGUCCUGGCACAGCCCUUUGCCGGCCGCUGCCUGAUCCUGACCUGGGACUACAGCCUGCAGCGCUUCCGGCAGGAGGAAGAGCUGUCUGCGCCCUCGGUGGUGUCCUGCAAGCCGCUGGUGCUGGGCCCGCGCCUCUUUGUGCUGGCCGCCCGCCUGUGGGGAGGCUCGCAGCUGUGGGCCCGGCCCGGCCCCGACCUGCGCCUGGCCCCGCUGCAGGCCCUGGCUCCACGGCGGCUGCUGCGGCCCAAUGAUGCCGAGCUCCUGUGGCUGGACGGGCAGCCCUGCUUCGUGGUGGCCGACGCCUCCAAGGCGGGCAGCACCACGCUGCUGUGCCGGGACGGGCCCGGCUUCUACCCGCGCCAGAGCCUGCACGCCUGGCACCGGGACACGGAUGCCGAGGCCCUCGAGCUGGACGGCCGGCCCCAUCUGCUGCUAGCCUCUGCCUCGCAGCGGCCCGUGCUCUUCCACUGGUUUGGGGGCCGCUUCGAGAGGCGCACGGACAUCCCCGAGGCCGAGGACGUCUAUGCCACACGCCACUUCCAGGCCAGCGGAGAUGUGUUCCUGUGCCUGACACGCUACAUCGGGGACUCCAUGGUCAUGCGCUGGGAUGGUUCCAUGUUUCGCCCGCUGCAGCAGCUUCCCUCUCGCGGUGCCCACGUCUUCCAGCCACUGCUCAUCGCCAGGGACCAGCUGGCUAUCCUGGGCAGCGACUUCGCCUUCAGCCAGGUCUUCCGCCUUGAGCCUGACAGGGGGCUCCUGGAGCCACUGCAGGAGCUGGGGCCCCCAGCCUUGGUGGCCCCCCGUGCCUUUGCCCAUAUCACCAUGGCCGGCAGACGCUUCCUCUUCGCUGCUUGCUUCAAGGGCCCCACACAGAUCUACCAGCAUCACGAGUUAGACCUCAGUGCCUGAGACUGGAAGGGACCCUGGACAUGGCUGG